CAGUUCGUCGCUCGGCAAAGCAUUUCUGUUGUGGUUGUGUCCGCGAAAACAACGCAAAACCGACGACGACAAGAAGAAGGCCAAGGACAGAUUGCUGCUGCUUCUCAGUGUCAGUGUCUAUCGACUUUAUACUCUAAGCCGGUUCGGUUUGCUUAAGAGUUUUCAACAUCAAUAGUUCUUCUUGUUCCUGUGUCGGUCUGUAUCAACAAUACAAACACCAACGACUACAUUUACAAUUUUCAAUUAAAGGUGAAGAGCGAGCAUCGUCCACGCCCGGAACUAAAGGUCGUCUCAGCCAAUCUGAAGUUAAUCGUGUAAUCAACAGAUAUCCAAUAUGAUGUUGCGGUACGUUCUACUCGCAACAAUCGUCAUUGUGGUCGUUCACGGUCAAAAUGAGUCGGCUGAACACGAGAUAUCCUCAGGCGAGACAAUGGCGCCUUCUCCGGAGCCUGGCCCUAUCGAAAGCUGCGACCAGGACAUGAUUGGAUUCGAACUAAUCACCGGAUAUGUCUUUUCUGCGCCCCCUAAUGCGAUGUCCACAUUUAACACAGUAAUGCUAACGGAUUGCCUGGAGAUGUGUGCAGGGAACGAUUCUUGCCAAGCGGUCAAUUUUGAGACGGGCCUUUGCAUUCUCUUCAAUACUAAUGCUGAGGUGUUGCCAGGGGCAUUGACCGAAUCAGAACUGCCGGUCUUCACUAUCUACGCGCAGAAAAGCUGCCUGGGGGUGAAACCAUGCGAGAAAUCCUGGUGCAUCGAUCGAGUACAGAAUCAUAGGCUUGUCGGAUACACACAAUCCUAUCAUACUGUCAACAACAGGCAAGAAUGCUUCGAGCUUUGCUUAGGGGAAACCGACUUUACAUGCAGAUCGGCCAACUACAACAAUGUAACGGGCAACUGCGAGCUUUCCAAUAUGGACCGGAUGACCGUAGCGGGAAGCACCUCCUUCCAAGGUGCUAAAGGAUACGAUUACAUGGAGAACAACUGUAUAGACGAGCCGACGAAGCUCUGCGAAUUCAAGAAGCUCGAAGGCCGCAUCAUCAAGACUGUCGAUUCUUUGUACGAGGACGUUCCCUCCAUUGACGAAUGCCGCGACCUCUGCCUCAAUGCCUUAUACCGUUGCCAUUCUUACGAUUACGGCGAUGCAGGCGAGAUGAUCUGCAGACUUAGUCAUCAUUCCAGAGCCACAUUAUCUGAUAUUCAUGAACCCUACAUCGGCGUCCCUGAAGGUGCAACUUACGAACUCAGCUCCUGCUACAAUGUUAGCAUUGAUUGUAGAUCUGGAGAUAUGGUCGCUAAAAUCCAAACUAGCAAACUUUUUGAUGGAAAAAUCUACGCUAAAGGAAGUCCCAAAUCUUGCGUACGAGACAUUAAGAACAGUUUAGAAUUUGAAUUGGAAAUGGCUUACGACGACGUGGAAUGUAACGUUAGGAAAAAUGGUUUAGGAAGAUAUGUCAACGACGUUGUUAUUCAACAUCAUGAUAAGAUUGUUACAAGUUCCGAUCUUGGAUUAGCAGUAACUUGUCAAUAUGAUCUUACCAAUAAGAGUGUAACGAACGAAGUUGACCUUGGAGUUCAUGGAGAUAUUCAACCGGAAUUAACUGAAGAGGUUACCGUCGAUUCCCCGAAUGUAGCCAUGAAAAUUACCGAUAGAAGUGGAGGAGAUGUUAUGCCAACUGCCGAAGUAGGAGACCCAUUGGCUUUAAGAUUUGAAAUUAUGGAUAAAAACAGUCCUUACGAAAUCUUCGUUCGUGAAUUAGUCGCUAUGGAUGGCGUUGAUUCCAGCGAAAUCGUUUUGAUCGAUCAAGAUGGUUGUCCAACUGAUCAUUUCAUUAUGGGUCCGAUUUAUAAAUCAGCUGAUACAGGAAAAAUUUUAUUGUCUCAUUUCGAUGCGUUCAAAUUUCCAUCUUCUGAAGUCGUUCAAUUUAGAGCUUUAGUUACACCGUGUAUGCCAAGUUGCGAACCGGUCCAAUGCAACCAAGAAGGUACCACAGGAGAAUUAAGAUCCGUUAUUUCUUACGGAAAACGUAGGAGACGUCGUUCUGCUAACCCCCAAGAUAACUACCUUCUAGUCGAACAAAUCCGUAUUACUGAUAAAUUUGGCUUCCACAGUCAAAAUAAAUCAACUUCUGUAGCCAACGAAGCAGUUUAUUUACCCAACAGUGAUGGAGGAUUUUGUAUUAACGUGGCUGGACUUGUAGUUGCCGGCACAAUCUUCCUGGCAUCCCAAUUGGCCAUAAUAGCGGCAUGGACCUUUAUUUGGCAAAGAAGGCGUAUCGAUGGAAAAUUAAAUGACUCGAUGUCCGUUAGCGUUAGUUUACCUUCAGUGCUAACAGCGUCGCGUAGCGAUAGCCUUUCGAAGCUUUAUGAUACCGGAUACGCUCGUAGAUUUUAAAAGAAACAGGAUGACACUUCACGGUCUUAUAGCAAUAACAGUCAUGUUCCAUCGCGCGUGUCAUUUCAUACCUGUAGUAGUUUUCUUUUUCGAUUAUGGGACGAUUUACUAGCUCCCAAUGGCAAUAAUAUUUUUUUAUUUUUUUAUAAAAAAGUGAGUCUUCAAAGAUAUUAGAUUAACGAUAUUAAUAAAUAAACAGUAUCGCCGUUCCCGUUUAUAAAUACUAUAGACGCGAAUGAAAUGACAGGCUAAAACUAUAUAUAAGGAUAUUAAAAUGAGAAAAUUACUUUACAGAGAGAAAUAUUUAUAUGUAUGCAGUUAGGGGAACCGAGGAUGACCCCGCGUAUAACGUGUGAAAGAGGCAUUUGAGUGAACGAAACCAGUCUUUUCGUAGCGAGUGUGAUCGAGACCGAACGAGGCUUUAUUUAAAAUUAAAAAUAAAAUAAAAAUGGCUUAUCCUCUGUUCCCUACGGUUGACAUAGUCGUCCUAUUCAAAAUAUACACGACUUUGCCAACCGAUGAAUCGUUUUACAUUUCAUAUCUACUAUUUAAGACAUACCAUACUAAUUAUUUAGGCAAUUAUUACUUUUAUCUAUUUUCUAAGACGUUAGAUAUGUAAGAGCAAUUUAUUCAUUAAAAUUUCUGAAAAAAAUAUAGACAAUUCAAUCAUUAAAAAA